ACAGCCCACACCUCCCCAAAUUUUAGAUCUGUCCCUUCUUCUUCCAACUUUAUGACUCUUCUUCUCAUCCAAACUCUCCAAACUUUACUUUGCUCUCCGGUGCGGUGCGGUGGUGCGUUGCUGUGGUGCAGUGUGGUGGUGCGUUGCUGUGAUGCGGUGCGGUGUUGUGCCCUAUUGUUGUGUGCGGUGGUGUUUCACUGUUUACAUUGGAUGGUUCGCGACGAUUGCAUAUGCAGCUGUUAACAUCAUCUACAAGCUAGCCAUAAACGAUGGAAUGAGCAUGAGGGUAGUCACUGCCUAUCGUCUCCUUUUUGCAUCGCUUUUCACUGUUCCCAUCGCUCUUAUAUAUGAUAGGUUCUUCAUUGCUUUGCCUUUUCUUUCUUUUACUUUCUCAUAUCAUCAAUCUUACAAUGUUUAAGACAAUAUUGCCGAAUUGCUUUUUCCAUCAGGAACAAGAGCUUAAAGAUUACUUCCAAGGUGCUUUUCUUGGGAUUCCUGUGUGGAUUGUUUGGAGGAAGUUUGUUCAGUAACCUUUACCUUAUAGCGAUGGAUUUGACAUCAGCUUCGUUUAUGUUGGCUAUGAUCAAUCUUACUCCUGGCAUUACCUUCAUUAUGGCCUUAUCUUGUGGAUUGGAAAAGUUAAAUCUGGAAGUAGCAGAAGGAAGGGCGAAGGUGAUAGGAACCAUAAUUGGAAUUAGUGGGGCAAUGUUUGUGACCUUUGUGAAAGGCACAGAAAUUAAUAUUUGUUCGUUUAAAAUCAACCUUAUGCAUGGGCAUGCAUCAUCACCCACUCAAUUUCGAAAUAAGUCGUUGGGAGUUCCGUUGGCCAUUCUCAGCUGCUGCUUUUAUUCUCUCUGGUUCAUCCUUCAGGCUAAAAUGAAUGAAGAAUACCCAAGUUCAAAUUCAAGCGCAGCUUUAAUGAACACAAUGGGAGCACUGCAGGCCACCAUUUUCACUCUCUGUGUCGAAAGAGAUUGGAACCAUUGGAAGCUGGGUUUCAAUAUCAGGCUUCUAACUGCAGCUUAUUCGGGAAUUGUGGCCUCUGGAAUAAUGGUUGUGAUCAUUGCCUGGUGCAUAAAGAGGAGAGGUCCUCUAUUUGUGUCUAUUUUCAGUCCUCUACAGCUUGUGCUAGUGGAUAUAGCUGCAUAUUUUAUGUUAGAUGAGAAAUUAUAUGUAGGAAGUGUGGUUGGAGCAGUGAUGAUCGUGUGCGGUCUAUACGUGGUGCUUUGGGGUAAAGCCCGAGAAUUGAAAAAGAAGUCUGAAUUAGUGUCAUUGGGAAACACAACCAGCAGAGAGUUCGAAAAUGUUGAGGUUGUAAGCUCCCCACCUAGGUCACAACAACCAUGAAUGUUGCUCUUCACGAUCAGAGACUACUUACAUGAAUCUUUUCUUUUGGGGCAAAUGGACAAUCUCUUUAUAUGGUGAUAUAUAUAUAGCAAGUUUUCUUCAGGCGUUGUUUCUCUAUUGGUUUUCUCAAUACCUUUUGUAUGGUAC